AUGUUGAGAGUUUACAGCAGAGCUCUGGUAAAGGUGGUGAUGGGGAAGCCCUGGCACUUGGUGAAGCCUGUAUCUGUGGUUGCUGGCAGAAACCUGAGCCAGCAGAAGGGACUUCCCCGUCUGCCUGUCCCCCCUCUGCAGCAGAGCUGUGAGCUCUACCUCCACUUCCUGGAGCCCAUCCUGGAGCUGGACGAGCUGCAGAGAGCCACAGAGCUGGUGGAAGAGUUUCAGAAAGCAGGAGGGGUCGGAGAGAGACUGCAGAGAGACCUGGAGAGGGUAGCAAGUAAUACUGACAACUGGUUAACAGAGCAUUGGAUGAAGAUAAUGUAUCUAGACUGCCGGUUACCUGUGGUGAAUAAUUCAAACAAUGGGAUACUCUUUCCCCGAAUGGACUUCAGGGAUACACAGGAGUAUUUAAGGUGUGCUGCCAGAUUAAUAGCAGCUGCAUUGGAAUUCAAUACAAUGAUUUGGAGUGAGAUACUACCAGUUAAGUACAUGAAGGGGAAGCCACUGUGCAUGAAGCAGUACAAGCAGGUGAUGUCAUCCUGCCGAAUCCCCGGACUGAAGACGGACUCAUUAUUGUUCUCCACCGGAAAACACAUCACUGUAGUACACAACUUUCAGUUUUUUGUGCUGGAGGUGUACAACAGUGAUGGGACUCUGCUGACGAUAGAUCAACUCUGUGUUCAGCUGGAGAGGAUCUACAACUCCUCACUACAGACCGACAUGGAGCCUUUCGGCAUCCUUACUACCGAGAAUCGGGACAACUGGAGCAAAAGCUACAUGAACCUCAUCAAGGAUGAGACCAACAAAGCGUCAGUGUCGGCUAUCCAAAGCAGCAUCUUCAACCUGUGUUUGGAUGGAGCGAUGCCCCCCUUGUCUGAGGAGAUGUAUCCCAGCAAUGCUUUACACCAGAUCCUACAUGGAGGAGGCAGCCAGUGGAACAGUGGAAAUCGAUGGUUUGAUAAAGGGAUGCAGUUGAUCAUAAGAGAAGACGGGAUAAGUGGUUCAAACUUCAGUCAUGUUGUAGCUGAUGGUAUAGUCGCAAUGGAAGUCAGUGAUUAUGUCGCAGCAUACUUGAAAAAGCCACAGGUGAUGCAGUCCUCAAUGGAGCCUUUACCCGUGCCUCGGAAACUACACUUCAACAUAACACCUGAGAUCAAGAAGGAUAUUGAGGAGGCCAAGCAGAACAUGGACAUACUGACCCAAGACCUGGAUCUGAAGACUUCAGUAUUUGACCACUUUGGGAGAAAUUUUCUAAAGGCCCAAAAGAUGAGCUCUGAUGUUUUCUUACAGCUAGCGAUACAGCUGGCCUACUACAGGACGUACCAGCGGCUCUGUCCAACGAUGGAACCUGCCACCCUGCGUAUGUUCAGACUAGGCCGUCUAUGUUCAAUCAAUUCAAACUCACCUGCCUCAGCUGCCUUUGUCAAGGCCUUUGAUGACAACAAAAUACAGAACUCAGAGAAGGUUAAUUUAUUGAAGAAAGCUAUGGAGGCACAGAGAUGGCACACUAACAUGGCAAUCAAUGGCCAGUCCAUCGAAACACAUUGGCAUGGUCUUAUUAUGAUGGCUAUUCAGGAGAACAUCUCAAUGCCUGACAUCUUCACAGAUACGUCCUAUACAAAAGCCUUUGACUACGGAAUCUCAACAAGUCAGGUAACAUCCAAGAAUGGAUGUCUACCAUGCUGUGGCCCUGAUGAACCCGGUCUAAUCGAUAUAUUAUACAGCGUUAUGGACAAUCACGUUGAUUUGGAAGUGUCCUCUUUUAAAUCGUCUAACACCUGUAAAGAAAGUAAUUCAGAUGCAAUGAUCCGAGGUAUGGAAGAUGCAUUGUACGACAUGAGGACCAUGCUGGUACAAAGUUCAGGAGCCAAAUUGUGA